AUGUCCAAGGACGACGUAGCCCCGAAGGAGGGCGGUUCCGGGGACGAGAAGGCGAAUGUCGAGUUCAAGCCAUCUGAGGGACUGACCUCCGGAGAGGCUGCGGAGCUCCUGUCGCAGUACGGCCGCAACGAGCUGUCGGAGAAGGCCAAGCCGAAGUGGCUGAUCUACGCCGAGCAGCUGUACGGCCCGAUGCCCAUCAUGAUUUGGAUCGCCAUCAUCAUCGAGUUUGCCAUCCAGGCCUACAUAGACGCCGCGAUCCUCCUCGGCAUCCAGUUCACCAACGCGACGAUCGCGUACUACGAGACGACCAAGGCCGGCGACGCCGUGGCGGCGCUGAAGGCGUCGCUGAAGCCCAAGGCGACGGUGAAGCGCGACGGCACGUGGCAGAACAUGGACGCCGCGGAGCUGGUGCCCGGCGACCUCGUGCUGCUGGGCGCGGGGUCGGCGGUGCCCGCGGACUGCCUGGUGAACCACGGGCAGAUCGACGUGGACCAGGCGGCGCUGACGGGGGAGUCCCUCCCCGUGACGUUCUACCGCGGCGACUCGGCCAAGAUGGGCUCCACGGUGGUGCGGGGCGAAGUGGAGGCGACGGUGGAGUUCACGGGCGGCAACACGUUCUUCGGGAAGACGGCCACGCUGAUCCAGGGCGUCGAGGGCCUCGGCAACCUGCAGAAGCUGCUGCUCAAGAUCAUGUUCAUCCUCGUGGGGCUCUCGCUGGUGAUGUGCUUCACGGCGUUCGGGUACCUCAUGGCCGGGCGCGACGUCCCGUUCGAGGAGUCGGUCGAGUUCACCGUCGUCGUGCUCGUGGCAAGCAUCCCGAUCGCGAUCGAGAUUGUGGUGACCACCACGCUGGCCCUGGGCUCGAAGCAGCUCGCGGCGUUCGAGGCGAUCGUGACGAACCUGACGGCGAUCGAGGAGAUGGCCGGGAUGAACAUCCUGUGCUCGGACAAGACGGGGACGCUCACCUGCAACCGGAUGGAGAUCCAGCAGGAGUGCCCGACGUUCGACACCAACAUCCCGCACCUGAAGAAGCCCUCGCGCGACGACGUGCUGCAGUACGCCGCGCUGGCCGCCAAGUGGCGCGAGCCGCCCCGCGACGCUCUGGACACCAUGGUCCUGGGCGCCGCGAACCUCGACUGGUGCGACAAGUACAAGCAGAUCGACUUCCUGCCGUUCGACCCCACGACGAAGCGGACGGAGGCCACGCUCGUGGGCCCCGACGGCGCGACAUUCAAGGUGACAAAGGGCGCGCCGCACGUCAUCCUCGCGAUGAUCGACCACAAGAAGGAGCAGCUCGCGCCGCUGGUGCAGGCCAUCGUGCAGGACCUGGGGCAGCGCGGGAUCCGCUCGCUCACCGUGGCCGCGACGGACCCGGACGGGAAGUGGAACCUCAUGGGCGUGCUCACGUUCCUGGACCCCCCGCGCCACGACACGAAGGAGACCAUCGAGCGCGCGAUGGCGUACGGCGUCGACGUCAAGAUGAUUACGGGCGACCACACCCUCAUUGCCAAGGAGAUGUGCCGCAUGCUCUCCAUGGGCGACCAGGUGCUCGGGCCCGAGGGCCUCCCCACGCUGCCGCCGGACGGCAAGGUCCCCGACGACCUAGGACGCCGCUACGGGCAGCUGAUCCUCGACACGGACGGGUUCGCCCAGGUGUUCCCGGAGCACAAGUACAUCAUCGUGGAGGCGCUGCGGCAGCAGGGCUUCGGCGUGGGGAUGACAGGCGACGGUGUCAACGACGCGCCGGCGCUCAAGCGAGCGGACGUGGGCAUCGCCGUCGCGGACGCCACGGACGCUGCGCGCGCGGCCGCGGACAUCGUCCUGACGUCGCCGGGGCUGUCGGUGGUGGUCGAGGCCAUCCGCAUCGCCCGCGAGAUCUUUUGCCGCAUCAAGAACUUCCUGAACUACCGUAUCGCCGCCACGCUGCAGCUUCUCUUCUUCUUCUUCAUCGCGGUGUUCGCGUUCGACCCGAAGGAGUACAUCCCGGACUGCAGCGUGGAGACGGUGCGCGGGGAGCGCCCGACAGAGUCGCUCACGCGCGACGAGGCCUUCUGCCAGGAGGCCCCCGAGUUCUUUUCGCUCCCCGUCAUCAUGCUGAUGCUCAUCACGUUGCUGAACGACGGCACUCUGAUCUCGAUCGGCUACGACAACGUCAUUCCGAGCCAGCGCCCGGAGAAGUGGAACCUCCGCGUGCUGUUCCUCAUCUCGUCCGUCCUCGGCUCCAUCGCCUGCGUGUCGUCGCUCAUCCUCCUCUGGGCUGCGCUCGACUCACACAACCCCUCGGGCGUCUUCGCCGCGCUGUCGCUCCCGGCGAUGCCGUACGGGAAGAUCGUCACCAUGAUCUACCUCAAGGUGUCCAUCUCGGACUUUUUGACUCUGUUCAGCGCACGCACGCACGAGACCUACUUCUGGGGCCGGCGCCCAGGCAAGCUCAUGAUGUUCGCUGCCUGCUUCUCCAUGGCCCUCUCCACGAUCCUGGCCAUUGUCUGGCCGGACGGCAGCACCAACGGCAUCCCCGUCACCGGGCUGGCCAUGGGUUCGGGCUACAAGGCGUGGUUUGUGUGGGUGUGGCUGUACUGCAUCGUGUGGUGGUUCAUCCAGGACGCCGCCAAGGUGUUCACCUACUGGAUCGUCGACACCUACGACAUCUUCCAGUACCGCACGGGCGCCAUGGUCAACCUCCGCAGCGCCCACGACCCCGACGACAAGGCCCACCCGCUCGCGCGCAGCUCGCUCGCCAUGGUCGAGCACAAGCUCCUCGAGCGCAGGCUCGACAGCGCCGCGGAGGAGAUGGAGAACCUGUCGCGCACCAGCCCCGGCCUGGAGCGCAUGUCGCAGCGCAUGACGGCGCAGCGCAAAUCCGUCACAAUGAUGCGCCGGUCGAUGGCCGGGCAGUCCGGGGGCCUGUCGCGCGCGAGCGUGCUGCAGGGCGUCGUGGAGGAGCUGGAGGAGGCCGCGAUGGAGGCCAAGGGGCUGGACGCCACGUCCAAGGCGGCUGUGGAGAAGAACCUGAGGGAGGUGACCGAGGCGGCCCAGCGGCUGGACAUGGUGGCGCGGCUGGGCGACGCGCGGACGCGGGCGGAGCGCAGGAGCGUGCGCACGGGCGGGCGAGCGUCGCUCGAGGGGCCCUCCGAGCCCAAAAUCCCCGAGGUGUAA